GGUUUGUUUCCAACUUAUACCUGGUUUUGAGGCAGGCUCUGUUCUUGGCUUGCCAUUUUUGUAACUUGAGCUCUGUUUUUUAGAGUUUGCGCAACAACUUACAUCGACUGUUGUGAAGACGCAUUAAAACAAUCAAAGCAGAGAGAGCAUCAAUGAGUGUGUUUGUUGAGCAACGGAGACCACAAGAUGCUUCCCCAUGACUCUGAUCAUAGACUGCUGCACACCGCACACGGAAUCUGUGUCAGAGUUCCUUACAAAUCUCAUACUGUCAGAUAUUUACAACCUCCCCGGUGAAUCCGUGCUAAUGAAUCCGGAAAUCUUUUGCGCAAUGAGAGCGGGGAACAGAGAUUUUCUAGAAAAGAUGAGAAGUUAUGGAACACCACCAAUGGCAUGUCUCAAGACCGAAAAAGGAGAUUCCAUUCUUCACCUUGCUGCUUCUCUGGGUCAUCUUGAACUAGUUGAAAGCAUUAUCUCUGAAUGUCCAUGUCUUCUAUUGGAGCCAAACUGGAAGGAUCAGAUUCCAAUUCAUGCUGCUGUUCGUGCUGGUCGUUUAGCGGUUGUUAAGACUAUUGUUGCAUCAAUAACAUAUUUUUCAGCUAGAAUAUUGUCUGAAGAAGAGAGGGAGAGAUUUAAUGUAUAUGUUCUUAAGGAUACAGAUGGAGAGAUACUCCUCUGCACGCAGCAGGGCAUCAUAUUGAUACAAGCUGGAGGUUUAUCCCUAGUGAAAGCAAUGUUGAACGGUCUUGGUAAUAACGUCCAAGGCCAAGUUUCUAACUUAGCCUCAAAGUUAGAAGGAAGAAAAUCUCUUGUACACGUAGCUCUAAAGGCACAAGAUAGAGAUAUCCUCGAUGCUAUUCUUAAUGAAUGGUCAAGUCUUAUCAGUGAACGAGAUGAUGGACAGACGUGUCUUUCAUUUGGAGCAUCCAUAGGGUAUUAUAAAGGAAAAGGUCAUGUGGAUGUGGUAAAAGAGAUUCUAAAACGUUGUCCAGAUUCAAAAGACCUGCUAAACAAACAAGGUCAGAACAUUCUUCACAUUGCAGCCAAGAGUGGGAUAGAUAGAUCUUUGCUUUUAAAGUAUAUCAAGAGACUUGAUAGGAAGAAGAAUUAUCUGAUCCAGGAGGAAGAUGCAGAUGGUAAUACACCUCUGCAUCUAGCCACCAUAAAUUGGCGUCCUCGAGCUGUUAUGGACCUUAUCAAUUUUUCUCCAAACGCCACCAAAAUCCAAAAUAUAGAGAACAAAGAUGGCUUGAGACCACUCGAUAUUGCAGAGUUAAAGCUACAGCCUGACUAUGUGUUCAGGGAGAGAUUGACUUUGAUGAUCUUGUUAUCAACUUACAAACCAAGAGGUAUUGGUUGGCUACCAACGAGCGGAAUGACACUAAGAAGCAGAUCAGAGAAUCUAGAAGUUGGUGGUGACAAAUACAAAGACCGUGUUAACAUACUUCUACUAGUGGCAACUCUUGUAGCCACAGUAACGUUUGCGGCAGUGGCAAUGCAAAGCUCUCUUGUAGCAAUAGUUGCUCUUAUUUGGGCUCAGUUGGGUGAUCCCGAACUCGUUCACAGAGCCUUUAAGUUGGCGUUGCCAUCACUAGCCUUUGCUUUAGUCUUCAUGUCAGCCGCAUUCUAUCAUGCCUUGAUUGCUACGACAAGUCACAAUCUUCUUCUUCCCAUCGCCAAUACCAUUAUAUAUUCCGUUUUCUCUGUUUCUAUUUCUUAUCUCCUUGCCCCUUACUGUGGCCCGUAUAUUCCAGGCUUUCGUCUUUUUAAAAUUUCUAUGCAUAUUUAUCUCCGGAUUCUAUUAGGGUUUGUUGAUGAAGACGAUGCUCACACCUUAGGCUCUGGUCAAACCUCUCUGUGAUUCAUGUGGGAAAGUCGAAAAGAUAUCUACUUAUCUAUAUAUGAUUCAGCUGUUGGUUUGAUAUAUUCUUAUCUAUAGUGGUACCAGAUUUAUAUAUGUGUGUUAAUUAUGCUUGUCAUGUACUCUGUUUUGUUCAAAUAAUAGACCUGUUUCAGU